CAGACUGAAUCAUUGGUAGAAAUUUCAACAUCAGAACUAUAAAGACGGGACUGAAAAUUAGAGGCAGCCUUUGAUAGGUUGCUUACAGAAAAAAAUUGAUUUGGAAGAUUUCAAAUAGAAUUUUACUUGUCCAAUAUUCAAAUUCUCUAGAAUAUAUUUUUGUUCAAUGCAAUCAAAGAAAAAUAUUUCUAUGGGUCGAAAAAAUAUUGUUUUUUUUAAAAGAGGCUCUGAUAUAAAAAACAUUACCGAGCUGAGCUUAGUAUAUCUAUUUUGAUUUUUUAAAGGCAUCAAAAAAGUUAAUUUCAAACACCCGCGCUUCUUCAUAACGCGAUAUAGAAUUUAUCAUUGUAGAACUUCUGUUAUCGUUAAUAUACACUCAGUUCAAAAUUUUUUUAUUUUAUUCGAAAGAGUCUUUACAUAAAUUAUCUCCAGUGACAUCUGAAAUGUUUGAAACGUAUGUUAGCAUUGCCUUAGUUUUCUUCUGUGCUGCUGCUGUCAAAAACGUGGACUGUUUCUAUUGCCGCUCGUCCGGAGACUGGAUCCCCAUAGACUGGGUGUGUGAUGCUCAGGCAGACUGCAGCGACUCCAGCGAUGAGUCAUACGAUCUCAACUGCGUUUACCAGAAGAUCUUUCUUAAGAAAGGUCAGGACUCUCCUUGGCAGAGUUCAGGAUGGGGAGAAACUCCGCUAGACAUGUUCGGCAAAAGGACUGGACACUUCAAAACUUCAUACCACUCUACGCUCAAAAACUCUGAAGAAGACUCAACUCCCUCCUCGAUAUCUUCGUCGGACAAUUUUUUCUCGUAUCCUACUCAACUGAUCCGUUUAUUGAGUCCUCCUGGAAUGUUCCCGAAUACCGAAUCGUUUUUGGCUGAGACACCUGAAAAAGAGUCUCCAUCUCCUCAGAUUCAGAAACCAGGAGAAGUUUCUGGCUCAACUCUGGAUCAAGAAUCGUUUUCGCACGACUCCGGCAAGUCUCCUCAAGAGGAUCCCGACGUCAGAGACCCUCUUGGCGAUGCUGAGCCUGAGAAUACCGAAAUAGGCCAUGAGAAAGCUAAGAAAACAAAAGCGAUUGAGGACGACGAUAGUCCACAAAAUCCGAAGAAAGAUCUCGCGAAAGAGAAUGAAUUACUAAAACAUCAACUCAAGGAGAUUACAAAACAAAUGAAUGACAUUCUGAUUCGAAAACAAAACACUCCAAUCAAUCAGGAAAAGCACUUAGAAAAGCAGCCGCAACCGAUUAACAGCGACAAUAAGGAAAUUGAAAAUAGGAAGAAAGAAGCAAGGAAUGUUCGAUUUCCGACACUACCUGUAAGGGAACUGAAUGAACCCACCAAAAGACCAGAAUUUGAAAAAGUUCCUGAGCAGGACAAUUUUCUAGAGGAUAAACCUGAAGAAAGUGACUGGGCUGAAGCAAUGGAACAUAAAUUUCCAAAUUUUGGAGCCUGGUUUGGACAAAAUGAAACCUUCUAAAAUAUCUUAAUCAGAAAGCAAUAUCCGGAAGAACUCUUUUAAAUCGAAAUCAUUAUCUAGUACCAUUUGCGGUGAAGUUGAUCGUUAUUGUGCAUCAAAAACUGCUGGUGUAAAUUGGACUGUUUUGAUGUGGUAAAAGUAUUAUUCUUUUAACAUAAAUCAUUGAUGUUUAAUUCUUUUUUUUCCGCCGUUUGUUAUCAGA